AUGGACACUGGGCGGCCGCGAAAGCGGAAGCAUGUUCCCAGCGCGUCUAUCACUUCAUGCGAUCAUGACAACAAUCUUAUUACUCCUCCCAACACGACUAACAACAGAGAGGUCACUGAUCAGCCUGCGAGGAGGGCUAGUAAGCGACUCAAUACGAUAGCUGGCGGAGAGCCGAAAGCAGCACACACGAAUGCAGCCGGCUCCACUCUUCCCACAUCUACUUCGAGUCGACUUUUUCCAUCUUCGUCGAAUCAAACUACCAGAGUCAUACCAGAAGACUGUUGCUACCAUUGCCUGACACGAGGGGGUAAUGCGGCAUAUGAAUGCACAAAGGAGGCUGGGGAAGAACUCUGCUCGCGAUGCGUACGAGAUAAGAGGAAGACAUGCCGCUUGCCCACGGCCGAGGAGGCUGUGAAGAUCGCGGCACGUUGUCCGCAGUGCACGAGAAGGGGCUUCAAGGGCUGGUCAGUAACUCCAGAGCAAACCAUCUUGAUUCAAACUAAAGAAUUCCCAGCAAUGGGAAAAAUCCCUGUGAUACUUGCAUUCGCAACGAGACACCCGACCUAUGCCAUCUUGGAGAGUGACGUCCAGGAUCUUAUACGUAUGGAAGAAGAUCCACCUCGCUCCUUUGUGAAUAUUUCUCCAGCGUCGCUUGUGACCUCCAGUGACACUAUAGAAGUCGCACAAUCAUUGUUCGCACAGCCUGCGGCGCGAAGAUUGAAAGCAAGAAAGUCCAAAUCAUCUCGCAAUUUGGGUACGAACCACACAGCAGGUGUACUUGCUAGCGCAACAGAAAACAUUGUUAGGUCAUCAAACCCACGAGACUUCGCUAAACCCACCAGGCGGAGCCACACCUCAACUCAGCAAACACCUUCCAACAUUGGCACAGAUAGGACAGAACCUAACCAUCGAAUUGAUACGGAAGUUUCUGGAUCUAUCCGUCCAAGGCGUAAUCGUUCAAGGGUCUCCUAUUUUGAAAUUUUGGAAGACAGUGAUUUGGAUGUCGAGCACUUGAAUCGGGAAGACUCCGAUACCGAUGUUUACACGGCACCUACCGAAGAGGAAAUUGAGGAAGAUGAGGAAACAGGGAACACUUCCUUCGAUGAUGAGCAUGAGCAUCAUAUGAAUGUUGAAAGUGAUGACAGCUUGUCAGAAGCGUCGCUGUCUGAGGACGAGCCCAUAGAAGAGCUUACCAAAAGGUUCAAACAAAAUAAGAUCAAGACCUCGACGCAACAAAAGGCUGGCAAAGGUAUUGACUUGGGUCUUCCGCCAAUCAACAACAUUAAAGAUUGCUUCACAGAUCUGGCUGCCAAGGGUAUCAUUCUUGGCCUCGGUGAAGCCCUGAAGAAUCUUGGGCCAACGCCUAUCAAAGUAGGAACUAUGUGCUCUGGCACUGAGUCGCCGCUGCUAGCACUUCAUGAAAUCUCGAAAGCUCUCGAAGAAGCAGGAAAUCCUGUACCUCGUUUCCAGCAUGAAUUUUCCGCCGAGAUUGAACCUGUGAAACAAGGCUAUAUUGAACGAAACUUUCAGCCAAAGAUAUUGUUUCGCGACGUCCGUGAUUUCAUCCCUGAAUCUACAACAACUGCAACGACAGCCUACGGCGCUGAAGUAGAGAUACCAACCGACAUUCACAUUUUCGUCGCAGGUUUCGUUUGUAAAGAUUUAUCUCGUUUGAACAAUAAGAAUAAGGGCCUCGAGGAUGGUGGAGAGUCUGGUGAUACGUGGCUCGCGAUCUAUACAUAUGCGAAGCGUUUUCGCCCAAAUGUUGUCCUGCUGGAGAACGUCAGGUCCACGAAAGAGAUGUGGCAUGAUGUUACAAGAGAGCGGAUGUACAUGAUCGCCGUUGAGAGGAACAAGAUGGGCCCAGGAGUGAAGCAGGCAGUCAAAGAUUGGCAAGAUACUGUGGAGCAGCUGCGACGCCAAUGUAGUAGUCCAUACGAGGCAUUCAUUGCAGAUUCAUUGCAGGAGCCAAGCACGUACACUACUCCGCUGUCAGAGCCGGACUGGGCUUUGUGCAAACUUCGGUAUGACCACAUACGAUCCAAACAAAAGCUUGGCAUUUUGAGUCCCAUCACGUGGUCGAAUGGCAGUGGAACAGUUCGACCGCCCGAUUUUGCCAGCCGGGAGUACUUCGAGUCACAAUCGUCUCGUGUAUGGGAUGCCAUCGAUGUUGCUCACUUACAGUUUGCAAGGAAAUGCCAAGAUUCGCUCUACAAGAUGGCUAUCUGGGAUGUGAGCCAGAAUGUCGAGCGCUUCAAGGCAGAUUUGGGUAUUGUAUCUUGCAUCACCCCUGGGGGAAGCGACUUCGCCAGUAAUCGUCAACAAGCGCUUUCUGGCAGUCAGCUUCUGGUUCUGCAAGGCAUACCAUUGGACCGACUGCAAUUUGCAAAUGAGACACAGCGUGAUCUUCAGGACCUGGCUGGAAAUGCAAUGUCCACAACAGUCAUAGGAGCCGCCCUUAUUGCCGCGAUAACCUCUUGUUGGAGUUCAUUUGUUUCAAAAAAUUCGCCAACCCUGGAUACAUUGGAUGUCACCGAUAAUCGGAAAGAAACAGUCAACUGGCUGUUAGACCUCGACAAUCUUCAGCAUUCUUCGCUCCCAGUAUCUGACUACCAACAACUCGACUUGACCGCAUUCGUAGGUGCUGCAAUGCAAACUACACGCUUUUGUCACUGCGAAGGUACGAAAUUGAUCUCAAGUUCGCCUAUAAAGAUCUGCUCAGCCUGUGGACACACGGCAUGCGCUGCAUGUGCCGGCAACCCGAAACAUGAGUAUGACAAGGUGAUUCCAAGUUCGACCCGAUCUCUAUCUCCAGACAAUUUCAUCAGGUCGUGGCAAGCAAUCUUGCCUCCUCGCUUAAAGUUCGACACUUUUUCGGAUGUUUUCAAAUCGUCUACCAGCCGAGGGGAAGACGGCAUGUUAUCAGAGUACCUGCGUGUUGCACGCGAAGCCCAAUUAGACUCCCAAACCUUCUGCAUUGGCGAAUUUACAAGGCACUUUCAACACUGGACGAUCAGGUAUAGCUCAACCAACUCCACACUUGAGCUCCAAGUCGGUCACAGUAUCAAGUGGCUUCUGUACUUGCAAUGUCCCUCAACACUCCCUGGUAAUAGUUCUCUUCGCCAAUUUCUCAACCUUCCAAUAGCGUGCGGUGACGUCAGCAAGUCGCUGCUUUGCCCUGAUUGGAAAGUGCACAUGCCAUCGGAAGCCAACUUCGAACUGCAUUUCGAGGGUUCAGCUGAGAGAAGUCCUUCAUGGAGGUCUAGGCUCGGCCUUCCAGACUAUGAAAUGGAGACUGUGCCUUCGGUACUGGCUGUGAGGAGCAAUCAUCAAGAUCUCGAGGCUGUCAAUGGUAUCUUUGAACAUCUACCUCGUUGCGGGACUGCUUCGAGUAGUCUCUACAAGAGAUCUACGGAACCUGUGUUAUACAUGUUCCUUGAUCCCAACCCAAUAGGCCCAUCCGAGGCUGACAGAAUCGUCUUUAGCUCUGAUUGUAGUCGUAAACACUAUGGUGACGACCGUAUCGUUUUGGCCAAACUGGAACCCUCAUGGCGACCGUGGAACAUGACUGGACAUGACAGCUCCAUCGUUACCGCUACGGUACCCGGUACUUGGCUCUCAGCCAACUUGGAACUAUCACCUGCAUAUACUUCGAUCGACGCACGUCACCUCAUCAAGAGCCAUUCGGUCUCAUCACUCUUGGAAGAUUGCUCUCAAGUACUCAUGUUUCUGGAUGUACAUGUGCAUGAACUUCUUUCUGCUCACAACUUUGAUGGAUACUCGUGGGCCCUAGAACAUGCUAAAUCGCUCCCAUCAUUCCCAGCAUGGCAAGAACUGGAUAUGGAGGUUACAGCAGAUUGUGUUUGCGCUCCACGUUAUCCGCAGUUGCAUUGGAUCAUCGACAAGAAAGGUAUUGCGGUAGCACAGGAGGAUCGAAAGUCUGCUGCUGUCUUUGAACGCGCUGUGAAGAGUCGAACUUCGGCUAUUCAGAUCAGAGUCAAUCGUGACCACAAUUCCACCCGCAUACAAGUUGGUCUUAAUAUAUCCUCAUUACUACAUCGCGCUAGGGCCAGCCUUGGGUGCUCAGAGUCAUCCAGUAAUGCAUGGAGACUUUUGACAGAUCAUGCGGAUCUGCCGGUUCAGCCAUUUACCAAGUUUCAUCUCAGAAGCAACACGGAGGACCCUGUCCCUCCUGCGUCCACUGUCCCACCAUAUCUCCGCGGCGCCCAGGCGAAGUCUCUGGUGUGGAUGACUAAGCAAGAGAUGGGCAAGCAAAUCCCCAUUACUGAAGUCGAAGAGGCUGUCCACGCAGGAUUGAAUUGGAGGCUCGAAGCCCGUGCGCAAACCAUGCGGACUGCACGAGGAGGAGUGCUCGCCGAUCAUCCAUCGUUUGGGAAGACUGUGACUACAAUAGCGUUGAUUCAAAAUGAAUUUCAGCAUCACAAUGCGAAGGACAUCAUUCAGCAGAACCAAUCUACGGGAAAAGAAACCUCGUUGGGUUUGAUAGACACUGCUGCAACACUCGUUGUCUGCCCUCCACACAUUGCACAACAGUGGCAGACAGAAUUGGCCAAGUUCCUGGACACCGAAGAGUACGAUCUCUACCAGGUACUACUGGUCCAGAACUUCUCUGAUCUGCGAAGCCUCACCAUGGAACAACUGGUACAAAGUAGGACAAUCAUCGUGUCGUGGACUCUGUUUGCCGAGGAUGAAUACGUCUCCGAACUUGCUAGGUUUGCCGCCAUGCCUGAAGUUGCGUUGACAAGUCGUCGUGCAUUCGAAACGUGGUUGUCUCGGGUCAGUGAGGCUAUACCGGACAGGCUCGCUGCGCUGCAAGAACAAGGUUUCGAUAAGUUUCGAGCUUCUACGGCAACACUCCUUCAAGAACGUUUACAGCAACCUGAAUUUCAAGCCACGUUGCCACUCAAAAUUCGACAUGGUAGUGCUUACGAGUCCUUCAGUUCUACAAAGUCUUCAAGCAAAUCUCAAAAACAAGGAGCGAAGGGUAGAUCUAGCCUUGCGGGAAAGGAGUUAGCUACAGCUUGGAAGAAGGCGGUGCCACUACUGCACCUGUACCGGUUCAAUCGAAUUGUUGUUGACGAAUAUCACUACCUCAAUGAUGAGAAGAACAUCAAGAACAGUCUCGCAGCGAUAAGCAUCAAGAAAGUCGCUGCGUACAAGCGAUGGGUUCUUUCCGGCACACCUGCAAUGGCCAACUUUUCCGACAUCGACCAAAUCGCUUCCUUUCUUGGGUUACGUCUGGGUAGAACAUUCCUUGGCGAUGGCUUGAUCACGACACAAAGUGAGAAAGUGAUCAAAGCCGACCAGACUGCUGUAGAAGACUUCCUAUCUCGAACGGAAGUCAAAUCAAGGCAGUGGCACCAGGCCCGGCACGAUCGAGCACAGGAGUUUCUGGAUCUGUUUGUCAGGCAGAAUGAAGCUCAACUUGGACACAUCUCUUGUUCAGAGACUUUGUUGCCCGUUCAACUAGAUGCUGCUCAUCAUGCAGUAUACCUUGAGCUUUCACAACACCUUGUCGCGCAAAGGAUGCAGUUGAAGAAAUUGAACAAGAAACUCAAUUCGGACAAGACUGAACGUCUGAAUGAAAGCCUCAACAGAUCUAGCAGUGCCGAAGUUGCGCUUAUGAAGUCUGCUUUGCUGUUUGAGACGCAGGAUGGUCAGUCAGGACUAGAAACCCUUAUGAAGAAGCGCUCACAGCAGCGUCUCGAUGCAGAAGAGGAACUAGCGGGACUGUUACGUGACUUUGAGCGUAUAAUACCUAAAGAGAGGAAAGCAUUACGCAACCUACAGAAGAUCAACCCGACAGCCUACCGAGCGAAGCUAGAGGAAAGCAUCGUGACUCUCUAUAGCCACUUGAAGACGGACAUCAUGCAGUCAAAUUGGCUUGGCGACAACGAUGCCAGUCAGAGCUUAACCCAGCUGCUGGCAGAAGCUGAAGAAUCACCAAAUCCCGAUCCAUUUCCACUCCUAGGAAUUAAAGGGCUUUCAGACGAUAAGCGCCAAAGACUCUUGAAGCAACAGCUCUCGCGAGUGCGCGAAGUCUCACGUGAAUUGGCCCUAAGGAUAAGAUCAGAACGAUUCGUUCACAAGAUUCAGUCGCAAAUGGUCCAGUGUAGUGCACCUCAAUGUACAGGCUUGAAUACUCUUAUGAACAUGCAUCUCAUCACCCAAUGCGGACAUACGGCUUGCACAAUGUGCCUCGCAGGUCGUGUGGACGAUGAAGUCUGCGUACAGCCCGGAUGUACCAUACGCUCCCCAUUGCACAACAUGAGCAUCAUCCGUAUGUCUGAUGUAGGAACAAAUGAAACCAACACUAAUAGCCGGGGUUUCGGCAACAAGCUACACGCAAUCGUCGACCUUAUCCUUGGCCUGCCUGACGAUGAUCAAGGCAUAGUCUUUGUACCAGACAAGGACCUUGUCAAUGUCGUUGGGCAAGUCUUGGACCAUUUUGAAAUACCCUACUACUCUCCAACACGCUGUCGAGCUGCGCAGUCGGCAAAAAUCAUAGAGGACUUCAAGAACAACGAGAAUCCAGACGAGCGCAGGAAGUUGGUGAUUCUGAAUCUUGGCAGCGAGUCUGCAGCUGGCAUAAACUUGACGAAUGCAAACCACAUCAUCUUUGUCUCUCCCUUGGCAGCCAAGACACAGUACGAGUACGAUUCCGCAAUGGUGCAAGCCAUCGCCCGAAGCCGCCGCUACGGACAAAAGAAGAAAGUCUAUAUAUAUCAUGUAGUUGCAGAGCGCACCAUUGACGUGGACAUCAUGGAGCAUCGACACAAGCGCAACGAUGGCAUUUGCAGCCCGGAUUCAACUUUGAAGCUGCCCGAGCCAUGCAGCACUGCCAAAGAACGUACGAGGUUGAUCAAGAACAAGAAUGGUGAGAUGGCAUUGGUGCCGCGCUCGUGGCUCGACGAUAAGACGAAGAGACGAAUGUUGGGUGUUGGUUGUUCGCCUGAGAGUCUCACCUCUUUGAUCAAAUUUGAGGGGGCGUUUGAGCAUGAUGAGGAGUAG